AGCACCAACAUGUUCGAGCACAGAGGAUGAGAAGGAUCCUCUGUCUCCCUACUAUGUUGAAACACCCUACGGAUAUCAGCUAGACCUGGACUUCCUUAAGUAUGUGGAUGAUAUUGAGAGAGGCAACACCAUUAAGAAGCUGAGCAUUCAGAGGAAGCCCAAAGUGGCCAAACCAUUGGCUGUGCCUCGGGCCAGCACCAGUGGGGGCAGUGCUCAGGCUGAAUGGACAUCCACAGACUCUCUUUCCUCCUCCAACAGCGACGAAAACAAGCGCUCCCCAGUGUUCUUCACCUCCAGGCCGCAGGCCGCUCCACCGCUCACCCCCACACUGAGCAGGGCACCUGCAACCUAUGAUCCCCCCUUGCAACAGUCAUAUCUGAGCAUCUCAGAGUCUAAGCAGCUUCUGCCGCCCCCCUCCCCUCGGGUCAUCCCUCGCCACAACCCCCAAGUGGAGAAGACUCUGAUGGAGACUCGUCGACGGCUGGAACAGGAGCGCCUGGUCAUGCAGCCCCUCAGUGAGCCUCCCAUACCCCGCCGUAGGCUGGCCAGCUUUGGGGGCAUGGGUUCCAGCAGCUCAUUGUCUUCCUUUUCAGGCUCCAUGGCUCCCAGCCAGAUCUCCCCCAGUGUCCUUCAGCCCUUGCCCAUCAACGGCCACUUUCCCAGUGGGGAAUACAAUCUCUAUUAUCCUCCUUCCAUCGGAAGCUCCAUCCGCCACAGUCCGUUAAGCUCCGGCAUGACCACCCCAGUGACUAAUGUUAGUCCAAUGCACCUGCAGCAGAUCCGUGAGCAGAUGGUGGUGGCCCUAAAGAGGUUGAAAGAGCUAGAGGAACAGGUUAAAACCAUACCCAUCCUACAGGUCAAAAUCGCAGUUCUGCAAGAAGAGAAAAGGCAACUGGCUGCUCAGUCUAAGAACCAGGGUCCUCCCGGAGGUUUCCGCAAGCGCUCAUAUAGUGUGGGGAGUGCGGACCAGUUGGAGAACCAAGGCCCCAUGCAGAAGGAAACAGAGCUGCACAUCAUGGAACCUGAAGCCCAGGAGCAGAACGUUCAGCGGCUUGAGGAGUUCAGGCGUCUGGCUGCAGAGGUACAUGCUCUGGAGAAGAAGACCCAGGAUAGUAAUGGAAUUGAAAAUCUAAAAAUGCAGCCCAUUAUCACGCAGAACCAGGCUCAUCAGCAGUCCAUUGGGGUUGGUACUGAUGAAAAUAUGAACCACCUCAAUGUUGCCCAGGGGAAACCAGUGGAUCGUUGCUUUCGAGAUGCGGGAGUUGUGACAGAAAGGCAGGAAACGCAUAGUGCUGGAGUGGGCGUUACUGAAGCUAUGCUGGGCGUGACCAGUGAAGCUGAGAGAGAGAUUGAACUCCAGCAGCAGAACAUCGAUGCUCUCAAGGAGAAGAUCUACCGCUUAGAGGUGCAGCUGAAAGAAACAACCCACCAGAUGGAGAUGGGCAAGCUAAAGUUGGAGCUUCAAGCAGCUGGUGGUUCCAACAAGAAAAAGGCAGAUAAAAGUUCCAUGGCCAGGCCUGAGAUGUACAGCGUGUGCGUGGAAGCUAAAGUCCAGAUGCACAGCCAGGGUGCAGGUAACCACCUGGAGCUUAGUCAUGCCAGCACAGCGAAGAGUCCGGAGACCCACACUGUUGGAGUGUUGUGUCGACCCAGUAUGCAGAGCAUUGCUAUUGGCCCAGAGGUGCAAAUGGAGAGAUGGGUGGUGAAGGAGAGAGUGAAGGUCAAUGACCAAUGUGUGGGGAGAUCGGUGGAGACAUCUGACCAGAGUGUAGGCAUAGAUGUGAAUGUCUGUGAGGCAGGAGUUAACACUGAGGAAUCGGUAGAUAGCUUGGACCUCAGUGUGACCAAAGAUGAGUUGACCAAGGAGUCAAGGUCAGUUGGCUGCGGAGAUUGUUCUGUGGACGUGAUUGUCAGCCCUGUAAAGAAGCUGGUGUCUCAAGGUACUAAUCCAGAUGUUGUCAGUAAAAUGGACUCCGGUGUCAUGGUAGCUCCUGAGUUGGCAUCUCAACAAACUGGUACUGAGAUACAAACUCUGAGCAAGUCCACCAACACACAAACGGUUACUCUGGCUGAUGCUUUUACAAACACUAAACUGAUAACUUGUGACAAACACACAAGCACUGCAGUGACUGAAACUAGGACGGUUGCUGCAGGAGAAGGGCUUGUGAAAGACAUUCAGGCAGCUGCAAAAAUGCGCUCCAUUGCUGUGGGAACCACCACGGAGGUGGAGUUGGCUCUGGGGAAAUCAUCUUCUGUCAAAACCAAAGAUUGUGGGGUGGGACCUGUUAGCAUUCACCAGAACUUCCUGGUUGGCAUAAAAACCAGAAACAUCGCCUGUGGCCCAUCCCAGCAAUCAGAAACCACCAAUAGCAUGGAGGCUGUUGGGAGAGAAGAGAGCACCUUGGAGGCUACUGUUCAGGCUGCGCCACUGCAAGAGCAGGCCCAGGGGGGCGCGGGACUGGACCAUUACAUCGAAAGGGUGCAAAAGCUGUUGCAGGAGCAGCAAAUGCUACUAGCAGAGAACUACAGUGAGCUUGCAGAUGCCUUCGGCCAGCCCCACUCCCAGUUUGGUUCUAUCAACAGUCAGCUGGUUAACACUCUGACCUCCAUCAACUCUGUUAUGAAGUAUGGAAGUGCUGAGGACAUCAUCAAGCUGCAACAAGACUCUGUCACAUCAGACAAAGGCGGUGUGCCGGUCGGCUCGCAGCCACUGCCUGUUGGGGCGGACAUCUCGCAGAUGGCGGUGGACACUACGGCCCUGGCUGCAGACGAUAACCAAACCACAACCCCCGCGCAGCAGCAGAAGAGCCGCAUGGACCAGCAGAUGUCCACAGCUUUACACGGGCAGCCGUGCAGCCAGAGCACCCUGAAGUCCAUCAUGAAGAAGAAAGAUGGCCGACCGGGAGCCAACGGCACCAAAAAGAACCUGCAGUUCGUUGGCGUUAACGGAGGUUAUGAAACUACGUCAAGCGAUGACUCCAGCUCAGAGGAGAGCAGCUCCUCCGGGUCUGAGGAUGAAGAGGAGGUGGAUGAGGAGAAGGAGAACAAAGAAAAGGAGGAAUACAGGGACGUGGAGGGAAGGACAGCUGGGGUGGAGUUACAGAGUGAGGGAGCGGUGGAUGUGCGAAGAUGGGAGGAAGAGGAGGCUCCAGGGAGGCAGACGAGAGAGAGGUACGAGUUAAGUGAGAAGAUGGUGGCCGCAUGCAGCGUUCUUAAAACGCACCUCGCCGACCCAAAGACUGUGAGCAGCAAAGACCUGAGGGCCUGCCUGAACACGGUGCAGCACGAGUGGUUCCGCGUGUCCAGCCAAAAGUCAGCCGUGGCGGCCAUGGUGGAAGACUACCUGGCAGCCUUCAGCGCCAUCUCCGCGGCGGUGCUGAGGCACAUCGCCAACAUGGCUGACGGCAACGGCAACACGGCGCUGCAUUACAGUGUCUCACACUCCAACUUCCAGGUGGUCAAGAAGUUGCUGGACGCAGAUGUGUGUAAUGUGAACCAACAGAACAAGGCUGGCUACACACCCAUCAUGCUAGCUGCGCUGGCAGCCGUGGAAGCACCAAAAGACAUGCGUGUGGUGGAGGAGCUCUUCAGCAAGGGCGAUGUCAACGCCCGAGCCAGCCAGGCUGGUCAGACGGGGCUGAUGCUGGCGGUCAGCCAUGGCAGGAUGGACAUGGUGCGGGCCCUGCUGGCUCAGGGGGCCGAUGUCAACAUCCAAGAUGACGAGGGCUCCACGGCGCUCAUGUGCGCCAGCGAGCACGGACAUGUCGAGAUCGUCAAACUGCUGCUGGGGCAGCCUGGCUGUGAUGCAACGCUCAGCGACAGCGAUGAGAGUAAUGCCUUGUCCAUAGCUCUGGAAGCGGGACACAAGGACAUCGCCGUCUUGCUUUAUGCACAUGUCAACUUCUCCAAAGCCCAGUCACCGGGGACCCCUCGGCUUGGCCGAAAGAUGUCCCCCAGUCCUACCAGAAGGGGCAUGUUCGACUAGAGGUCCUGCCUCUUCCCACAAACCCUACGCUGCUAUUGGUUCACGUGUAAGGAUGCCUUGCCCACCAGCUGGAUGGGGGGUCCGAUCCAACCAACAACCAAACCAAUGAGAUUUCUGGAAUUAUCUUGUCAUAUGCAGAUUUGCCUCCGAGACGAGCCCAAAGUGCCCUUCUGAAAGUGAAUGUAACCGCAGCUGCCUGAAGUUUCAUCAGUUUCUACCAGAAAUGGCGGGAAUCCAUCGACGCGCCGGCGUUAAGGCUGCCGUCGGGACGGAGCCCAGGCCCAACGCCGUUUCUGCAACGUUUGACUGCAAAUGCAAUUGUUAAUUUUGAAUUCCCGAGGAACCCGAUGUGAAUAAUUGAAUUGAACGAUGCCAGCUGGGCGUCAUCUUCCUCUGCAGAAACUUCCUUUUCAGCGGCAGCCGGCGUCGAUUGUGAAGGGGAGGGAUGAGGGACGGAGUUGAAAUCCAGCCGCGCUGUAGGCCGGCGUGUCGCGUGGGCUCGUUCACCUCGGUGUGCGGCUUCACUCGACUCGUGGGUCGGAUGUGCACCAAGCUCAAUAUCCAACCAGCAUAGCGGCCGCACCGAUGUGAUGUAGACUGGAGAAAUUCUACUUUUAUACAAAUCCUUUGUAUCUAUUUAAAACAUAUCACAGUAUUUUGAAUAAGAUUUCCUUUUACUUAACAAUACAUGGAGUUAUAUAUUUAUCGAGGUAUAGUUUUUAAUGCAGAUAUAUGUAAUUCAUUGUAUAUACUGUGGUCGUUAGAGAUGUUAGAUGUCUUUCCGUUUUGCCCCGUGUCCAUUUCCUCGCUGUCUAAUGUGUAAUACGAGCUGUGCUUCGCUCCUCGUAUGUCGGAAGGUACUGACUUUCAACUAAAAUGGAGAAUUGAAGUGCCUGCAACUUUGCCAUAUAACAAUAAACAUCAAUCAAAUCAAUGGAUGCGGUUGUCAUGGCUUCACAGUCGCAACAUCCGAGUUAUGCAAGCUGUUUUUCAGCUCGUGUUGGAGUGAUGGAUGACACGCUGAGA